UUCACUGGAGACUUUCAGCAGGUGAGCGCACCUUAAACCAGACUCUUCAACUAGUCUGUCAUGUUAAUGCUGGUACACACCUGCUUUUGCUAGACCAGCUCUAAACCUGUGUGUGUUUCUCCUCAGGAUGCUCACGAGUUCCUCAUGCUGUCCCUGUCCUGCCUGAAAGAGGAAGGCCAGAUGCUGAAGAUGUCUUCUCCCACAUACACUUGCCCCGUAGCCAAUAUGGAGUUCAAGCUUGAAACGGAGCGCACCUGUGUCAGUUGUGGUCUCCAGAAGACAUUUACUGAGGACGCAAACUACAUCUCGCUGGUCCUCGGCCAGAAUGCAAGCGUGUCAGACAGCCUGCAGCAGUACAUGAGCGUGAGCGUCAGCGCUAAUCUCAGUAUACUGCAUGAGCAACAACAUGUCAUUUCUGAUGGGUUUCUCUCUUUCCUUCAGCCGUCUUCAGUUGAUUGCAUGUGCUGCAACUGUAACGGCACAAAGGCCUCUGUGACCCAGAGGUUUUACAGUUUCCCAAGAGUUCUGGUUUUGCUGGUGUCGCGCUUUGAUAUGCUGUCUGAUUGUAAGCUGAGGAAUCGACUGAGGAUUACAGAAGAGUUGACGCUGUCCUCUGUUAAAGCAGGAAGAACCGGCCGACACCAGGGUGGAGUAUAGACUCACUGGAGCAGUGUCACAUUUAGGAAGCAAACUGUUUUCUGGACACUACAUAAGUCACAUUCGGGAUCCAAGUGACGAUGGAUGGCUGCGUUGCAGUGACUUUUCCGUCAGGAAAAUCAGCUGGACAGAAGCGUCCGAAGAAAUAAAGAGGAACUGCUACAUGCUGUUCUACAUCAAGCGAUGAGCAGCAGUUUGUAGCCGACAGUCCUGAAGAGGUGGAGAACAGCAGACUGAGCUUCAGAAGAUCCAGAGUCAGAAGAUUCUGCCAGAUACUUGCACCAAAACCCCCCUGAGAGCUUCAGAACACACAUGAAGAUAUUUUGGAUUAAAUCAGAGAGCUCCUGACCCUCAUAUAAAGGAAACAUUCAUGUUACUCCACCCUUGCUGUAUAUGGAGGGUCAGGGGACAGAUGAAUGAAAGGCUGAACAGUUUGGAACUAUAUGAGUGCAAGUAAAUGAUGGCAGAUUUGAUGUGAACUGUAACUUGAGCACUGCAAUCAAUAAAAAUUAUUUUUCCAA